UUUAGAGUAUUUGAAUCUUUUGGUAUAUAUUUUGCAAUUAUGAUUAGUGUUGGGAAACAAAUUGCUUCUUUUUUAGUAGUUUUAUUUAUUAUCAUAAUUAGUUUUGCACAUACAUUUUACAUUUUGUUAUCACCCAAGUCUAAUUUUUCUUUUGAAAAAAAUGAAAAUAAUGAUGAUCCCAAUAACCCUUGGAAUAUAACACCUGCCUAUUAUCAAGUAUUUGAAAAUGGAACUGUUAAUCAAAAUCAAUAUAUGAUUAAACUACCCGACGGAAAUACAAACAUGUUUGUAGAUUUUGGGACUGCUAUUUUUGCAAUGUAUUUAUUCUUAACAGGAGAUUCAAGUGCACUAUCAAAUUGGACAUAUAAAGGCAAUCCAUCACUUGUAAUACUAAUUGUUAUAUUUUCAUUAUUGAUUGUUGUAUAUCUUAUGAAUUUGCUUAUUGGAUUACUUAAUAAUGCAAUUGAAAAAGAUAAUAAUAAGACCUCAUACUUAGUACAGAAAGCAGAGAUUCUAGCUGAAAUUGAAUUACUUUAUCUAUUACCACAUCAAAGGCGUUGGCAAAAAUGGUUUCCUGAUGUGAUAUACUAUUAUGCUGAUGCUGAUAAAGUUCGACAAAAAAUUAAAGAAAUGAUUAAAGAAAGUGAAUGGAAUAUAGACGAAUUUUUAGAAUUAAAGAAGAAUUUAUUAGACAAACUCAAUAUUCAACAUAAUCCUGUUGAUGAAGCUAACUUACAAGAUAUAUCAAAAGAAAUACGUGAUUUGCGUAGUAAAUUACCACAGCAUUCAGAAGCUACCUUACAAGAUAUAUUAAAUGAAAUACGUGAUUUGCGUAGUAAAUUACCACAGCAGCCAGCAGAAAGUUGAAUUAGUCAUAGCUAUUAUUGCCAUUAUUGCUUUUUUAUCCCUUAUACUAUAGAAAAAUUCUGAAAAUAUGACUUUGUAAAAUCAACACAAUUUGCUGCAAAUUUGUCCAGAAUUUUUUAUUGAUAUUUAUCACUUCAUUAAUGAAUCUAAAUGUCUGUAAUUUAUAUAUUAUAUGUACUUUGGCUUGUCCUACAACUUUUAUUAAGCUCAAAUAGUGCGUUUACAAGGCUAAUAUUGACUUUUAUACAGUCGACUCUGGUUAUAACGA